AUGUCUAAGAUUCCCCGGAGUUUCAGACUGCUUGAAGAACUUGAAAAGGGCGAAAAGGGGAUGGGGCCCGAGUCGUGCAGCUACGGGCUGGCUGAUAAUGACGAUAUUACAAUGACGCACUGGAAUGGCACGAUUCUGGGUCCACCUCACAGUAACCACGAGAACCGGAUAUAUUUCGUGGCUCUGGUGUGCGGUGAGGAGUAUCCCGACCAGCCUCCCCAGAUUAGGUUUCUGUCCAAAAUCAAUCUUCCCUGCGUCAACCAGACCACUGGCGAUGUCCAGGCCAGUAGUUUCAAUACACUAAAGAACUGGAAGCGUUCUUACACCAUGGAGACGCUGCUUCUUGAUCUGCGGAAAGAAAUGGCCCUCCCUGCUAAUAAGAAAUUACCCCAGCCCGCUGAGGGAACCACGUUUUAA